ACUGCAACAAACCUUAACGGCCACAACAGCAAUCACUAGCGAGAGGAAAAGGUGAGGAGGGGAAGGAAGAAGCUGAAGGUAUCAUACUCGUAGGUAGGCAGUGGAGAAGAGGAAGGUUGUGGAGAACAGGAAAAUCUUCCCGCUACCCCCGCGUGCGGUAAACUGACACACACACACACCCAUCCACUCCGUACCAGCAAUAGCACCACCCAGGAAUCACAAUAAUACCGGCAUUCACGAUACUUGUACAUAAUUCUAACCCUUCCCACCUGUCACCAUGCUCUUGGGCGCAUACCGUGCCAAUCUCCUUUAUACUCCCCCCUUCGCUCUUGCCCGCCCCACAUUUUUCUUGCCCCUUCUGCAAGGGCGAAGCCACACGACCUCCCACCCCCCUUGUUCAACCGGCCUUUCCCUUGUGGCUUGCUUGCCCUCACGCAACAUUGCCACAUGCUUGCCUUUCCUAUCCCCGUUGCUCUCGUGGCCAACCGUCACCCGCUCUCCCACAUCGACAGCCGACGGCCUUUCCGCCGUAGAGUCGACUCUUCUCAAUAAACGCUCCGUCACCCCGCACUACUGCCAUUCCUCCCAGCUCCCUUCUUCUCCUCCGUACUCCUCCCGCGCCUCUCCUUUGCGAGUCAUCAUGGGCAGCGGUACUUCGAAGCCUGUAACGCAUACAAGCGGAAGUAGCCGUCGCUCAUUCCGCACCCCCUCCCUCCAAUCCACCGCAGCAACGACAAAGAAACAGUCCAUAGUUCCUCCCCGACCGAAAAAUGGCGAGCGUGAGGCUUUCACUGCUGCAAUCGACCAGGGAACUACGAGUUCACGUUUUCUGAUCUUUGACGGAUCCGGCACUCCCCGGGCUAGUCACCAGGUCGAGUUUGAACAGUUAUAUCCGCACUCGGGGUAAUUGGCCCCAAAUAUAUGAAAUGAAAAAAAAGCUCAUAUCACAUCGAUAAUCCGGGUGCUAAUUUCUCCAUGGGCAUAUCCAGAUGGAUUGAACAUGAUCCAUAUGAAAUCUUAAAAUCCGUGAAUGAGUGCAUAGAAAAAGCCACUAAAAAGUUUUUGGACAAAGGAUAUGAAGUGGGCGAUAUCAAGGCGCUGGGAAUCACAAACCAGCGUGAAACAACCGUACUAUCCCCACCAUAUUAUUGUCACAAAUUUAUCCGUCUAUAUUGAGAUGCACUAUCGCUAAAAUUUCUCCCUUCUUAUCAUAACCCAGGUCGUAUGGGAUACUAAAACAGGAAAGCCACUCCAUAACGCCAUUGUGUGGCCGGAUACCCGAACCUCAAGAUUGGUUCACGAACUGCGCAGAAAAGAGGGUUCGGAGAAGCUCCGGCGACUCUGCGGCCUGCCGCUAUCCACAUAUCCGUCGAGUGUCAAGUUGAUGUGGAUGUUGCGACACGUUCCGGCCGUCCAAUCUGCCCUGAAAAACGAUCGGCUUUCUUUCGGGACUGUUGACACUUGGCUAUUAUACAACCUUACCGGGGGUGUAAAGCACGGACUUCAUGUUACCGAUCCAACCAAUGCCUCCAGAACUAUGUUUUGUAACAUCAACACAUUGGAAUACGAUGACUUCCUAAUUGAUUGGUUUGGGGUAAGGGGGGUGAAAUUGCCAAAGAUCGUCCCAUCCUCGGACCCCGAUGCAUACGGCAGCAUUAGUGACGGUGUACUCGCUGGUACCAAAAUCGCUGGCUGUCUCGGAGACCAGAGCGCUGCCUUGGUCGGGCAAUGUGCUUUCACUCCCGGAAUGGCAAAGAACACAUAUGGAACUGGCUGUUUCCUCCUCUAUAACACCGGCUAUGAGCCGGUGAUGUCGGAGAACGGUCUUCUGACCACGGUGGCCUAUGCCUUCAAGGGUUUCAAACCGGUAUAUGCCUUGGAGGGUGCCCAUUCCUAAUGCUCCACCCGGGAGAUUCAGCUAACCCCAUAUGCCUAGGAUCCAUUGCUGUUGCUGGCUCGGCCGUCAAGUUCUUGCGGGAUAACCUCGGGCUCAUAAAAGAAUCCGGUGAAAUCGGCGAACUUGCUGUCAAAGUUCCUGGUGGGCGGAAAUCCCGACCUAAUGCCAAGAUUACCCGGUGCACAGAGCUAACGUGGCGUUUUUUUCCCAGACACGGGCGGUGUUGUUUUCGUGACGGCUUUCUCCGGUCUUUUCGCUCCGUACUGGAUCGAUGAUGCCCAAGGCACUAUCUGUGAGUAGCUUAAUUUCUCUUCCGCUCCGUCCACCCGCGACAUGGAAUCGCCUUUGCGGGAAACGAGAAAACUAAUGCAAGGUCUCCUGCAGUCGGCAUCACACAAUACACAACAAAGGAGCACAUUGCGAGGGCCACCAUCGAGGCAACAUGCUAUCAGACAAAGGCCAUCUUGGCCGCAAUGGAGAAGGACAGUGGAACGGCAUUGCAUACCCUCGCCGUUGAUGGGGGCAUGAGCAAUUCCGAUGUUUGUAUGCAGGUAUGGGAUUAAAGUCACUUUUCAAAAACGGCAUGAUCUUCCCCGGCUGACCCGGGAUGUCCGUUUCACAGCUCCAAGCCGACAUCAUGGGUAAGUGACGACCAGACCCGCUUGUGUGGGAGGUGAAAAUGCGAAACCGGAGGGAAUUCAGGCCCCACAUCCGCCCUUUUCUCAAUCAAUAAGCUAAGUGAAAGCAACGACUAACCGCAGGCAUCGACGUCGACCGGCCCAAAAUGCGAGAAACAACGGCACUUGGCGCAGCCAUAGCGGCAGGGUUCGCAGUGAAGGUGUGGAAAGAGUUUGACGAACUCAAGAACAUCAACCGUGAUGACCGCAAGACGUUUAGUCCGACGACCGACCAGGGCACCAGGGAAAAGUGGUUUAGCCUUUGGGGCAAAGCCGUUGAGAGAUCCCGGGGAUGGGUGGAUAACGAUGCUACAGACGCGGACCUCGAGUAGAAGGGAUCGCCCCAAUGGGUGCGUUAGGGGAAACAGAAGAGAAACAUCAUUAGUCCCCCCUCUCCCAUUGUACCACCGGCCACACAGUUGUUCCGCUUCCGGCCAGCCGUUGCCAAAAAAACAAGAGGUGAUUGUGCAGGCUAAGGGUCCGGGAUGGUGUCUUUUUUUCCUUUUUCUUUUUUUUGUUUUUUCUUGGAUCCUUCCAGAAAAUUUCUUCUUCCUCCUCAUUCGCGGGAGUCAAAGUCGGCUUUUUUAAUCUGCGACAGGGAUGUUUUGGAUCUCUCGGGCCGGGCUUCUCUUGUUCCGUUUCCUUUUGUCUUUCUCUCGGGAUGUUUUCUUCACACCUCUCCCAAUGACUUUUUGUUCCUGUACCAAUUCCGCCUCGCCAGAAAAAAAGUCUGGCGGUUCUCCUUUCCCUUUCCCUUUUCCUCUUCCUUUCCCACUUCUCUCCCUUCUCAACGGCUGACGGAUCAUGUACGAUAACGAGUGACAUUUGAGACAUAUGAUAUUCCUGCAUGGCAAUUUUAUCUCACCCUCUCCACCCGACGGCUAGGAUCAAGUCAAAAGCGUGGCGCUGGAGAGGGGGCGCACCGGAUAUUACAGUAGGAGGACAAAAGAGGGGGAAAAACGUAUCAAGUUGACUUGUUUCAAGGGCACGAGGGACCAGGUACCGGUAUGGGGGGAACGAGGUGAUUUUCUUCGGGUCUUAAUGGCGUAUUACAUUACACGUGUGGUCGCGGAGACGAAGGGCACGAGAAAAGGUUGGAAAACACGCAAUCAUAUGUCCGGGUGUCGCUCUGGUGUUCCCAAUUGCCAUUAUUACCAUCAUACCCUGUCCAAACCUUCCUCCUCCCCUCCUCCCGCCUAAUUAUUCCGCGCGCGAUGAACGAGGCCACCCUCCCGGGAACGGAGAUCACAGGGCUCGUUCUUUCGUUCCUGCAGUGCUUCACAUCGUGUUCACGGCUUACGGUACCUUCGGCGCCGAGGCUCGGUUAGUUAGGUAGUACUUAGGAGACGAGGUACUGUACCUACGGCCCAAGCCAUACCUUGCAUCGCAAACCUCUCCGAGGGGAAUCAAAAUUUAGAAUACCAUACCAGUAACCCGAGAAGGAUCCGCUCCCAUCUCGCCCUAUCCCAACUUCCGCUGCUCCAAUUCUGCUUAUUGCGCCAUAUGAUACUCCGGUAACACCCAGCCAAAAGUACCGAGAGAUACCACGUACAACUGCCAGUGUGCAAGGAUAACAAUGGUAUGCAUCAUGACCCGGACACCAACCAAGCCCCAACCGAAGAUCAAACGGCCCAGGUCCUCUAACCCCCAUCGCAUCACACACACACACACCGGGUCACAGUAACACACACCGGGUCACAUUAUGGCGCAGCAUUUCGUAGCAUUGCCGGCCAGAGGGCAUAUCGUAGGGUAGAAUGUAAUCGGGAGUGGUUGGUAUGGGUGGCGGGACCGGAAAGGACGAUGGGUCGGGCCGAAGUUGCAUCUGUUACGGUGGCGUGGUGGGU